UAAGCACGGCUCGGGCCCGGGGGUUAAGCGUAGAAGUAAGGUACCACCGAGGUUGCCUGUGCCUUCUCUUGGAUAUUUUGUUAUUCGGUCAUUAGUGGGGAGUGGGUACCAUGUGGAACUCCCUGAAGAGAUCGAGGGGUUCAUGUUCACAAGGGCGUCUGGCGGUACCACUUCAGUGAAGGCGUCGGACUCAGAGGAUGUCGACAAAGUGGCAGGCUCACACUCGAAUUUGGAAUCGGAAUCGGAAUCGAAAUCGUUUCAAAGUGUCGGUGGUUCUCAAUCCCAGAUAGGUCAGACACCUGAUCUACUAGAAAGUCUUUACUAUCCUACGUAUAAUCCUUCGGAUGUUACUUGGUCUCCUACGAGUAAAGGCUCCCAUCCGGAUUUGUGGUUCCAUGUUAUAUCUCUCCUUCACCCAAGCAUGCUUCCGAAGCAGUUUGGCAUGAUUCAAAUCCCCUUGGAAGAUCCGCACGUACUCAAAUUCCAAACGAUCGUCCCUACACCUCGAUUCUCCUUACUGACGAUCGCCAAUUUGUCUCAUUCGACCCGCGUGGAUGAUGAGAGUAUCGUGGGGGAUUGAUGUAUUGUCAAGGAGUUUAGGUGUGGUGAAGGAUGAGGAUGAAGGGCCCGUGGCGGGGAAAGGAGAGGGGAAGAAGAAGCU